CAUUUAGUCGCCGACCAUUGGAGUAGGUCGAGAGAGCUCCUGGAAUAGUCUGUCUGAGUUGAUUCUGUUAACAGUCAUAAUAAAUUCGUGGGAGGCUGAAUGGACUCGUGUAAGUCGUGAACUGAUGAUAUCGUUGCGCAUGCGAAGUGAAAUUUUUGUUGAAUCAAUCGCACAGAAGAUACAAGUCCGGAUGGUGAUUCCUCGUCAUUCUGUCGUGUUCUCUACGCCAGAAUGGACGAAGAACAAACAGCGGAGGCCAAUAUUACGUUGAUUCAAUAUGAUUUCCCAGUCAUGGAGCAGAACAUCACUACAGUCCAAACUUUAUUUCGAACGUCGGUCAUCUGUGUUGGGAUCCUGUUGAAUUGUGUCGUCCUCUCUGUGGUGACUUUUUCGCGUCAGCUUCACUGUCCCCGCCACAUUUUUUGUGCUGCCAUUUCCAUUUUCGAAUGCCUUUUCUUAGUUGAUAGUGCUCUCGAGUUAGUGACAGUGCACAAACACGAUUACCUGGCCUGUCGGUUCGUAGUUCUUUUUUAUCCGGUCGACUAUUCGAUCCUGUUGAUCUGCAUGUCGCUGGCCGCAUUGGACCGCUAUUUGUCCAUCGUUCGCUACGAAUGGUAUCAGGCGAACGCCACUAAUCGAGGUGCCAUCGUGUCCAUCACAAUUGCGGUUGGUAUAACCUGCAUCAUUUUUACGAGUCCAUUUUGGACGGGCUAUAGGUCAAUUUAUACCUGCACCACCAAUAUAAUCCACGGCGUUUGGUCGUUCACGUGGAAUUUGUUCUUGGGAAUCGUUUGCCUCGUUCUCCACUUCAAGAUCUUCAUUGAAACUAAAACUCUCAUUCGACUGUAUGUACCCAAAUACCGUCGUAAGCCUGUAACGGUAAAGUUUGAGAACAAAUCCUUCAUCCGACAGCCCAGCAACAUCAGCUCUGAAGUUAAUUUGGAGUCGAAGUUAACAGCGGAACAAGUUUUAUUCUCCAUUGCCGAAAAUGCUUCAGGUGUUAGAGAAGGAAAUCCAUCGAUCAUUUCUCAAGAUCCUGAAAUAAUUCUGCCGUCCGUCGUCCAUCAUCAGAUGGACACUGAUGAAAGGGAUCAACAUUCUCACCUGCCUCCACAUUCCACUAACAAUCAGGAUGACACUGAAUCUUUUCGGAUGCCUGGACGCUCAAAAAUCAGCCGACUCGAAGUUCAAGCCGCUCUCAACUUGUCCGUUAACAUUCUGCCGUUUUGGCUGUGUACCCUUCCAGUGGCUUGCUAUGCUAUUGUCUCUUACUUGUGUAUCCAGCUGGAUGUUAACCUUGACACCAUUGUGGUAACGUGGAAUUAUUUUUGGGACACGUUCAUGCUCCAUAGUAUUUAUAACCCAAUUAUGUACAUGGCCACCUGUUCGGAAUUCCGGCGGGCGCUCCGUCACACCGCAAAGAAGUUGUCAACCAAAUUUUGUUUUGUUUUGCGUAAGUAAAUUUUAAAUGUAUUCUACUCUCGUUACUAUUAAUGGUGAUUGUCCGCCCAAAUCACUUUGCGCAUUGUGAAAAGUCCUCCCGAUUUUGACCAAUUGUCGUUUACAUUAGUCAACUGCUGCCUGUUUGUGCAUACGCUGUAUUUCAUUUAGGUAAGAUAUUUAA